GCUGGUGGCCCGAGGCGGAAGCGGGAGUUUGAGAUGAUUUCUUUAACCCCUGGCUUUGCGAGCGGCGGCUACUGAAGCGGGAGGGGGGGGGGAGGCGAGCAGCGGGGCGGCGGUGCCGGGCCCCUCAGCGGGGUUGGUUUAAACGGGAAUGGUAGAUUAAGCUGCGGUUAGCCGGGCGGAGCGUGCGGUCCAAUCAGGUGCCAGGAUGCUGGCAGGUGGGUGGAGAGUCCUGUGUGUUUUUGUUUUAAUGUUUUUGUUGAAAAGUUGAAGCCGCGAGAGAAUAAAAAAUCCCCCCCAGGACCAGAUAAACCUUCGAGCCGAGGGACGACGAGCGGGGCAGGGGGGCCGGAGCCGGCGGCAGGAUGAAUGGAGUCACCAAGAGCAGGUUCGAGAUGUUCUCGAAUAACGAUGAAGCUGUGAUAAACAAGAAACUCCCAAAGGAACUGUUACUCCGAAUAUUCUCCUUUCUGGAUGUAGUCACCUUGUGUCGCUCUGCUCAAGUCUCCAGGGACGGUGCAAUAAAUUGGCAGCCAAUAGUUGGAAGGCAGUACUGGAAUGUCCUGGCGCUGGAUGGUAGUAACUGGCAACGAAUCGACCUGUUUGACUUCCAAAGAGAUAUAGAGGGGCGAGUAGUAGAGAAUAUUUCUAAAAGAUGUGGUGGGUUUUUACGGAAGCUUAGUUUGCGAGGAUGCCUUGGAGUGGGAGACAACUCUUUAAGGACCUUUGCUCAGAAUUGCAGGAAUAUUGAACAGUUAAAUCUGAAUGGAUGCACAAAAAUCACAGAUGCAACCUGUACUAGUCUAAGUAAAUUUUGCUCUAAGCUAAGAAGUUUAGACCUAGCUUCAUGCACAUCUAUCACAAAUCUUUCUUUGAAGGCUCUGAGUGAGGGAUGUCCACUUCUAGAACAGCUGAAUAUAUCCUGGUGUGAUCAGGUGACGAAGGAUGGAAUUCAAGCACUGGUGAGAGGCUGCGGAGGACUGAAGGCUCUGUUUCUUAAAGGAUGUACACAGCUUGAAGAUGAAGCUUUGAAAUUUAUUGGUGCUCACUGUCCUGAGCUGGUCACUCUGAACCUACAGACUUGCUCUCAGAUCACAGAUGAGGGGCUGAUAACGAUUUGCAGAGGAUGCCAUAAACUGCAGUCACUCUGUGUCUCUGGCUGUAGUAACAUCACUGAUGCUAUUUUGAAUGCAUUGGGACAGAAUUGCAUUCGACUUAGAAUAUUAGAGAUUGCUAGAUGUUCACAGUUAACAGAUGUGGGAUUUACCACAUUAGCCCGGAAUUGCCAUGAGCUUGAGAAGAUGGACCUGGAAGAGUGUGUUCAGAUUACAGACAAUACUUUAAUUCAGCUCUCUAUUUACUGUCCACGGCUCCAAGUGCUGAGUUUGUCUCACUGUGAAUUGAUCACUGAUGAUGGUAUCCGCCAUCUUGGGAAUGGGGCCUGUGCUCAUGACAGAUUGGAAGUGAUUGAGUUGGACAACUGCCCACUGAUCACAGAUGCCUCACUCGAACACCUAAAGAACUGUCACAGUCUGGAGAGGAUAGAGCUGUAUGAUUGUCAACAGAUAACACGUGCUGGGAUCAAGAGACUCCGAACACACUUACCCAACAUCAAAGUCCAUGCCUACUUUGCUCCAGUGACACCUCCUGCAUCAGUGAGCGGUGGUCGCCAGCGUUUCUGCAAGUGCUGCAUCGUCCUAUGACACCAACUUUGUUUUGCCGAAAUCUAUUUAAAUAGCAUUGCAAUGGAGACGAUUGAACAUGUCGUCAAUUCUGAUCCUGGUGCAUUGUGAGACUGUACAGUAAGGGCUGUCCAAUCACUGUGGCUAUGACCGAUCACAUGGUUACCAGGCAGCACCUGUGAUGCCCAUGCCCAUGGGUGCAGAUAUGUAUUAGUUCUGUCACUGUAUGAUUCAAUUCAGAUUUUCCCAAGAACAUGAAUAAUUUAUUUUUUUGGAUUUUGGAGAAAAAAAUAGAUUCCAUGUAUUGCAGUGGGGAGAAAUCUUUACAUACCCGCUUCUGAAAGAUAUUUUGCAACCCAGCAGCACACAAGAACUGUGAGACAUAACCACAUUAAACUGUGCACUAACCCUUUUGCCCACUAGUCUCUCUACAUGGAAAAGGAAGGGAAUUGUAACAUGGAAUUUGUGGCUCCUUUGACCUAUAAAAGUUUUGCACAAGAGUUUAUUGUUGGUCCAAAACCACAGCAUAUCUGUCAUUCCUUCCAUGGAAAAGAGGCUGUCAGAUAGUAUUUUAGGCUCUGCAGCUCACCAUUUUGGUUGCCUUGCACAGCUUCUCCCAUGCUACUGUCCUGCACUGUAGCAUGGUUUCUGUAGCAGCAAGGUGAUUCGUUUUAUAUUCUGAAUAUUUUGUUUCCUGUGAAAUGUUUGGGUCAAUUGUCUCUCCACCUGAACACAUGGAGUAUGGUUCCGCGGGUUAAUGGAUGCCUUCAGUACCACGCACAAUUGUCCAGUGUUGAUGUGUGAGUUGUGACUGUGUGUUGACAUUACUGUUUUGAGCAUGAUUAGGGUUGGGGUGGGUGCAGUGCAAUAUGGUGCAUUCUGUCACAAUUCCAUCUUCAUUUGUCACAUUUAGGUAGAAUUGAUGGAUAGAAGUGUCGACCAGCAGCCCAAGUUGAAAUUCCCUUCAAUGAUUAUUUAGCUGAAGCUAAUUGUAUAACCCCUGGCGAACACUGAUAGACUCGGUACAGAUGAGGAAUUGUACUUGGUUGGAUGAACUUACUGAACCAUUGGAGAACUGAUGGGGUUUUCUCUUUGCUUGUUUACAAGAAUGGGUGGAUAUUUUUUAAGCCCUAUUAACAUAUUGUGCAAUACAGUCAGUUUAUGAUGCAUCUUAACCCUGUGUGUUUUGGUGUGUUGGUUCUUCACUGGUUCAGAGUAUCAGAAGUGGUCAGUGGUUUUUGCAGUUCAAAACAAUUCAGAUAUGAAAUUAUAGCAUUUCUCUCAUCUGCCUGCCUCAUUCUGUGUAACCCAAUGUCAAACAAUCCCUAUCUUGUUGCAGAUAAAACACUACAAACCUACCAAUGUGUACAAGUUCUGUUUUCAGAUCUAAAACAUGCCAGAUGUUGGAGGGUUGGAGAUAAAUGUUAAGAAUUAAAAUGUGAAAACUGUAAAAGUCUCCCUUUUAUUUUGAAUGUUUUCAAAUUUUUCAUUUCAGAUGUGGGAAAGAGUGAGGACUAAAGCAAAUCUUUGUGUCCAUGUAUUCCUUCUUUAUAUUUUAAACUGAGCUUGUAGGAACUUGCUUGAAGUUCUGAGAUCAGUUGUGCAUUCCUGACUUAUUAUUGAAAGUUUCUUGAAAACAUUCACUGAUAAAUGAAAUUUAAGCAUUUAACAUCUUUUUAAAGUUUGACCUCUUGCCAUUGGAUCCAUAAAUAUUUUAGUUUGUGGGGAUCACUUUGAUUUGAGAUGAGGUUAUACAAGGAAAUGAGAUUUGGGCUGGCCUUUGGAGGAGUAAUUGUUGGAACUAUCUCUGUGUUUAUGGCUCUGCAAUUUCAUCAGGUGGCUCUGGAAUCAUUGUCAUUUUAAUUCAAGUUGCUUCUGAAUGCAAAGGCACAAUGGGUGGUAAUCUGGCCUCGUCACAUGCUGAAUUUGCAAUUUAUAGAGGGAGUAUGUUGGAUUCUUCAGGAAUUGAGUUCCAUUGAAGCCAAUGAAACAGAUUGAGAAACUGAAUACAAUGUAGGGCCAUCAUUUAAAAUUGCAUGUUUAGUGCAUGCAACUUAUGUCAAAUCUCUAUCCCAUUGUCCGUACAUUAUGGAAUGGGAUAGGCCAUGGAAUGUGAGAAAGUUAUUGAACCCAGUCCCUCUUUUUAAGAAAAAAAAUUUUGCAAAUCAAAUACACAAGAGUCAGUAACUGAGUCAUUAACUUAUUUAUUGUUGUAUAUAUCCCAACAGUUGUAUGUACCAGAUGGAAGUAAUGGUAAAAUGAAGAUAAAAAUUAGUUUUUCUGUGACUUGUCUGUUAUUAUUGAUGUACGGGUUCCCUUUUAAUUUAUUUCUUUCCUCCUAUGCUAUUCAAUCAUUUUUUUUACAGCAAAUUCAUUAAAAAAAGCUAAUUACCUUUGUGUCCUUUCCAUUCAUUAACACAGUUUAUUUAAAAGAAAAAUGCAAUGGAAAUUUGCUUAAGGCUGCUCCCAAUUGGCUGCCAUAACUUUGGCAAGAGACCAAAGCUUGAAAUCUUCCACCAAAGGAAUGGCAGCUGAUCGAGGGAAGCAGUCAAGAAAUUCUGGCAGAGCAGUUUUUUUUAUAUAGAUUCUUUCUCUAGCUCUGCCGUUUCUCUAGCAGAGACUGUAUUUUCUUGUUGCUUUUGACGUAUUUUUGGGUUGCUUGCAGCUUCCUUUGCAACCAGUUUUCUUUGCUUCAACUAUCGGUUCCUCUUUAUUCUUCCCUUUUCUAGAUAUUGCCUAUUGCAAAUGUCUUUCAGCUGACUGCCUAUUAAGCAACUGCUAUUUGUAUUGACAGCUGACUUGCAAGGACAGCUGACUUGCAUGCCACAUUCAUAACAUACCAGCAGAAAAUGUUAAAUGUCUGUGUGAUUCAGCUUGCAACAACUUGUUAUCAACUCUGUCUCAUCCAAUUAAUCAACUUUUCCUCCAGUGGAAAAGUACAGGAGAAUGGGUCAACACCUAGUUAAAACAAACAUGACUUUGUCUGUAACCUGUAUAACAACUUCCUGUAUUCUUGGACUUGAAUCGAAAAUGAAAAGAGAGAAUGCUGGAAAUGCUUAGGUGGGGCAGCUUAUAUGGAGGGCGAAAUGGCCAGUAUUUCAGGCUAAUGACUUCAGUUUUGAUGAGAUCAAGCUAGAUGAGCACAAGGCAGGAUUUGAAGUUUUGCUUGAUCUGCUCAGUGAUUUAUUGGAAUCCGAUUUCUUAGUCUACUCAAUGUCCUUGCAGGUUAUCUGUAUUUUGUCGGUGCCUUGGGAUGCUUUACUAAAGGAGCUAUAUGAAUACAUCUUGUCUGUCCUUUGUUAUCUCCAGCAGGCAUCCACAGCCCAUGGCCUUUCUGUCCAUUCAUCUAAAGCUGUUGACUUGUUUGCGUCUUCUGAGUAACAUCCAGGGGUGAACGUCAGGCAGAUUUGUAGAUAUCCAUAGCUUACAAUGGCUGUUGUCACUGAUCUAGCCCUGGUGAGUCUGUGCGCUCCAUCUUUCUCUGUGGCAUUGUCUUUGGCAUAUCGUGAAUGGAUUUGUUGUCCUAUUUGCCGUGAGUAUUCCCUGUAGCUUUGUUGCUGUGGUCUGUUUUGGUCUUGAUUCAAUAGCCUGGCUAGAGUAAGGGAGACAGAUUUAGAUUAUUUCUGGAUGGAGGCUCAGAGCUGAAAGGCCGUGCAUAGAAAAAUGUAACAUAGAUGAAGGUCGUUACGUCAAAGUCCGUGCUAGCUGAAAAAAGCCAUUAAGACCAAUUCCCUCUCCAACUCUUCCUCUUUACUUUGGUGCAUAUGAAAUGCUUAUUCAGGCUCUUUAGUGAUGAGGGUUUUGGCCUCAAUCACCCUUCUAACCGUAAGUUCAAUACCCUUAUUCAUGAAAUGAAAAUAUUCUUCAACUUUCUUCUAACUCUUUCCGUCUACCUAUUGCCUUAAAUCUAUGUCCUCUAGAUGUUAACCUCUCAACUGAGAGGAAUAGGUCCUUUCUAUUAACUAUGCAGACUUCAAUUUUAUACAUCUUAAUUAAAUCUCUUCCCCCAUAAUUAAGUUAAUAGCAGUCUGCCAUGGAAAUAGCACCACAAUGGUAAAUUUAGUGGAUGUACCCAUUAUUGGUAUCUAAUAGAUUUUGGAACUUAGCCAUUUAUAUAAAAUGAAUUAGGCAUGGUCCAACUCACUUGUAGGGUGUGAACUUUAGAAAAUGCAUCUUUGAACCAAUCUAGCUUGGAUUACUUAAUUGAAACCAAAAAAUAUUCUCUUUAUGAACCUAAUGCAAAAAAAAUGAAAACUGUGGUACUUGGCCAGUAGUCCAUCAGGAUCCUGUGAUAGUAAAAAAUUUUGGUGGGUCAGCUGUCCCCUUUUGGCUUAUAAUGUCGAUGGGUACGUCUGCUUAGUCACAGUCAGCAAGCCUCACUACUGCACCCCAAAAAUCAAUUGACACUGGCCAAUACUGAAGUGAUGUUGCUGUAUUGGACCAGCACCAACCUCCUUGUUUUUCUUCUUGGACCUGUCAUACAUCCCUUGGGGUUGAGCUUGUCUUUCGAACAAAUGGGUAAGACAUCCAAGGAGAUAGCAGUAAAGUGUUUAGAAAAUGAAGCACCAGAGACCUACUAGUCACCAACAAUACUGAAAUCCUUCCUGUACUUCAGUGUAGAGAGGGACGUUGAUGAUUCCAUCUUUCAGGCACAGGGGACUUAAAAGUGAAAUAAACUACAAAAAAAGAUUUGGAUAUUGGCAAUUUAAAACACAACUUUGGUAGAAGAGGUAGUUUUCCAGUUGUCAUAUGGCAUAUUAAUAUGAUACAGUUGCGUUGGUACUAAUGCAGGACCUGCACUGUGAAUGCCAGCAUUUGCCUGGCUUAGAUGCAUGUGUGUUAACAGUAUCAUAACCCAUCAGUGCAGCUCGCUGUCUCUGUGGGUUCUCUGGCAGGCUGCAGUGGAUCCUGAUUCCAAAAGGUUAUUUUUUUUCUGUGCACUUUAGGAUGUUGCAUUUCUAGUUUCUGUGUCUGCACAUAGGAUGUGGGUAUUGUCAGCAAGGUCAGAGUUUAUUGUUCAUCCUGAAUUUCACUGAGUGCAGUAGUGGGCUGUUUUGUUGAUAGCAUUUUUGUGACAAAGUUUGCUUGUUUUGGACAUCACAGAAGUAGCUGAGAAUAAACUCCGUUGUUGUGGUCAUGGAGUCACAAACAGGCUAGUUUGAGUUUUUUUAACCAAGCUGGAACUUUAUGACAAUCACUACUGACAGCUUCUAGUAAGUUUAAAUUUCCUAGCUGCUGUGGUGAGAGAUUUGAACUCCUCUCAGAGCAUUAGUCUAUGCCUCUGGAUUACUAAUGUAGUAACAUGACCACUCUGCUGCCACCCCUGUAUCUCCGUAUGUGAAGUGGCAAUCUAUAUAAUCUUUUAAUUAAAAUGGUUAUAGUGUGCCACGUUUUUGUGAAGGGAGUUUCUGUCCUCCAGUGGUAAUGUAGCUUCAGCAUUGUGAGCUGCUGCUCUUGUUUAAGAACAAGCAAAGGUAAACAAAGAAAAGGUGAAUAAUUAUAUGGAAUUGUUGAAAAAUGGCAAUCCAAAGCUUUUAUCCCAUUUUGUUUUGUCGUGUUGGUAAAAAUAGUUGCAGAACUGGAGAGUUUGGGUGAAGUGGCCUUGUGGUGGGUUACAAAGUAUUAUAGAACAGCUUCCAUGUACCCUCUCAUCUGAUAAAGCUUUUUUGCAUAGCUGUGUGAACAUUAUGGCUUGCACACUUUGCAAGACUUGAAGUACAUUUUUUAAAAAUGAUCUUUUCAGUUCAGUGUUAAUUUGACAACUUUCUGAUCACUGUAUCAGAACAUAAUAUGCAACAUUGCAUUGAUACAGCAGAGUGCUCUGCUGAUAGGACUGAUAAAGUAUAGUAUCAAGUUAAUGUAGCAGUUCUUAAUUGUGAUUUGCCUGUACUGCACUUUAUGCAGGAUACACAUUUGCUCACAGUUGAAGUUACACAAAUUAGUCCAAGCUACUGAGUUGAUUUUAGUCCUGGUCUUCAACCAGUUGAAUGUUUGUGUUAAAUCUCAGUUGUCCAGUAUACCCUGUAUUCAGCAUGGUAGUGAUCUUCUUUGGGGUGAUGGCUUGGCGUUCAUCUUUAGGGCAUUUGAAGGUUAGACAUUUUAAGCUCAGGCCAAGUUAUUUCGGAAGUGGGGGAUGGUUGGCCUGAUUUGAGAGAGUGCAAACCACUUAACAAAGAGUAUAGUUCACUUCCAUUUUUUUGAAAUAACUAGUACGUUUGUUUUGGAGCCUACUUAAAGCAAAAUCUAAAGUUAAUGUAUUCUGCACGAUGACUGCAACUCUGUGUGCAACUUAAAAUAUGAAUUUUUUUUAGAUAUUGUGUGGAAAAUGUAAGCAUUUACUGAUUUUUUUUAAAUCCACUUCAAACUUUUUCAGUUGUUGGGAUAUUUGAAGUGAACAAAUUGAUACAAAAAAUAUCUCAAUUUUCAAAUGAAAUUAAAACUGGAUUAAUGAGAAAAGCACUGUAAUGUUGAUUGGGGCCAUCACAAGCAUAAGCAGUCAAUGCUGCUGCCAUGAAAAAAUCUUUUAGCUUGUGAUUCUAAAGGUAUGAUUGAUCCCUGUCUAGGUUCUUGGUUGCUUUAAGUUUCCAAUUCUCGUGUUCAAUGGAAUAAACUAGUUUUGUUCCUUUUCUCCAGCACUCAUUUACCCCCCACCAUAAAUAACCAAAAAAAAACAAAACUAGAUGUUACGUAAAAGAAUUGAGUUUGAUUGUGAGAGGUCGCCACUAACCUGCAGAGGCAAAAUGGCCACUUAGUAAUCCAGCAGGACUUGAAUCUUUUUGGCAUGUUGGGUGGGGCGCAUGAACAAAUGGAAGUCAAAUUUAAGAUUAUAAAUUUAAGGCUUCUGUCAGUACACAUGCAGAUAUAGGCAAACCUCAACUCUGGUACAAGCUUAACAAGAGGUAUCGAGUGCAGUAACAAGCAAAUUUGAUAAUGCAAAGAGGAUGAAAGUGUUAAUCUGAUCAGAAGAAAAAUGAUCACGUUUUUGCAGCUCCUGCAUAAUCUAAGGAGCUAAAGCAUUGAUUGUUUUAAUAUGUCUAAUGAAACAGUGCAGUUCAUUUUAUUUAUGCAAGGUAAAAGCUACUUGAAAAAAAAAUCAUUUUAAGAAUGUACAUAUUUUGUAAAAAGGAAGAAAAAUCCCAAAAAAAUCUAUAGGGUGAUGUGCGGCCUUAAAUUGUCAAUCAUCAGGAUUAUUCUGUUUAUAAAUUAUGUGAGGGAUUGAAGUGAUUAGUUAUUGAGGACAUGAUUCCUGACACAUUUUAGUCCCAAUACCACUGUCUUGAGGAGGGGAUGCUGCACUUCAGUGAUGUCAGUGGUUGGAGCAUAUGUAAAUGUGUAGAACUAUCCUCUCAAUUGUUUUUAAUGUGUUUGUUCCUCAAUGAAAUGAGAAUUAAAUGAGCUGCAGACAAACCAGGUCCAGCGCAGGCUUACACUGGGGCCUGUAGCAAGGUGAUGUUGAAAGAUCAUUCCCUAUUGCUAAACUGAGUGAGAUCAUAAGGCCCCUCCUUCUGUGUGGUGUGUGAGGAUGUGCCUGGUGGACCAUCCAUGGAUUGGCUGCCAAAGUAAACCUGUGAUUUUAAAGUCUGCUAAUUUUGAAAUCUGAUCAUUUCCAUGUGUAAUUUUCUGAACAGCAGAUUUGAAUUUUACUCCCUUUUGUUUUUGUCUUUUUGUAUUUCAUCAAAUUUCAACCACUAAAAUGAAAUGAAGGCAGAUAGCUGUUUCAUUUCUCAAUACCAAGAGGGAUUGGGUCACUGCAGUAGAGUCUAUUUAGGCCUUACCAAUGAGAAAUAAUCUGACAAUUUGUGUUUCAGCUUUAAAACAAUGUGUUACAUUUAAAUGUUACAUUUGAUAAAUAGGUUGAAAUCUUGUUAAAUCCCUAUAUAUAUUAUAUAUAAACCUGUGUUGUACAUACUGUAUUCCAAUUAUAUUGUAAUCUGUGCUAAUAUUCUCAAACACUGAGUGUUCAUAAUAUA